AUGCUAUCCACCCGUGUGGGAAAGGUGCUGAGUGCAGCAGGUUUGCCUAUUGACGGAGAAGUGGUAAAGGGUGUCUAUAUGGGCAAGGGUACCUGGGGUGGGAACGGAGAGGUGAUGGAGAGCGUCUGCCCCAGCACCGGCGAGGUCUUGGCUAAGGUUGCGACUGCUACUGCAGCAGAAACCUCUGAGGCCGUAAAGCGUGCUCGUGAAGCAUAUAAGACCUUCCGGAAAGUCACUGGACCGAAGCGCGGCGAGAUCAUUCGUCAGGUCCGCAACGCUAUUGCAGAACAUAAAUCUGCGCUUGGUGCAUUGGUGUCAUUGGAGAUGGGAAAGAUCAUUUCCGAAGGCGAGGGAGAAAUCCAGGAAUACAUCGAUAUCUGUGAUUAUGCCAUUGGUCUGUCUCGCAGCGCAGCCGGACGCGUCUUGAAAUCUGAGCGGCCAGGCCAUCAGAUUCUCGAGGUGGCCAAUCCUCUUGGUGUUGUUGGAAUCAUCACAGCCUUCAAUUUCCCAGUUGCCGUAUGUGGGUGGAACUUCGCCCUUUGCCUAGCGGUUGGCAAUGCUACCGUGUGGAAGCCUUCUCCUACCACCCCGCUCUGUGCUAUCGCGGUGACGCGCAUUGUGGCCGAUGUUCUGGAGAAGAACGGUAUCGAUGGUGCCGUUGCGAGCUUGGUCUGUGGUGGGCUGGAGGCAGGAGAGGCUCUUGUGAAUGACAAAGCAGUCGAUCUAGUGAGCUUCACUGGUAGCGAGCGCGUGGGCCAGAUCAUCGGCACAAAGGUUCAAUCUCGAUUUGGGAAGAUCUUGCUUGAGCUCGGUGGUAACAACUGUGCCAUUGUCGCGCCUAGUGCGAAUCUUGACCUUGCACUCCGCACUCUUGUUUUCGCCGCUGCAGGCACUGCUGGACAGCGCUGCACCACUACUCGACGCCUUAUCCUCCAUCGAUCGAUUGCAGACAAGUUCCUUCCGCGGUUGGUUAAGGCUUACGAGAACCUGCAAACACGUGUUGGAGAUCCGCUCAAGUCACACACUCUCAUCGGGCCCCUUCAUACGCGGGGAGCGAAAGAUACUUUCUUCAAGGCUUUGGAGCAAGUAAAGAGGGAAGGCGGUGAAAUCCUGGUCGGAGGCGAGUCAUACGCGCCCUCCAGCGGCGAUCUAAAGCAGGGCCACUAUGUCUUGCCUGCCAUUGUCAAACCUGCCUCGCCGGAAUCCCCCAUCUUCCAAGAAGAAACUUUUGCACCCAUGUUGAGCGUUGCUAUCUAUGACGAUCUCGACCAGGCGAUCGGCUGGAACAACGGAGUUAGGCAGGGUUUAAGCAGCACGCUUUUCACGACGGACAUGCGCGAAAUGGGGAAAUGGAUCAGCGAGGAGGGUAGCGAUUGUGGGUUGGUCAAUGUGAACGUGGCUACCAGCGGAGCAGAGAUUGGUGCUGCUUUCGGCGGAAAUAAGAGCACGGGGUGGGGUCGUGAGUCUGGUGGUGAUGCAUGGAAGCAGUACGUGCGUUGGUCGUCCUGCACCAUUAACUUCACGGAUGAUGCGCCCCUGGCUCAAGGCGUGAAUUUCGAAUAA